GAACAAGGCGAAGAAUUGUACGGACCACACUGUUUAUAUAAAUAUCCAGAAGAUAUGAGCGUCCUGUAUGAUGUUAACGAUUUGGUGAUACAUUAUGUAAAGCGACAGGUGAAUAUCCAGAAAGAGGAGAAGCGUAAUACGAAGCGUUAUUUGAAACGUUUCAUACCGGAAAUGUUUAAUGUGCCACAGCAAGAGCUGAGCGACGAAGAAGAUGCCCCGGAGGAUCAGCAAAAUCCACCUGGUGCGUAA